UGUGCUGUCAAAAGUCAAACAUUUGUGUGUAAACCAAUUGAAUGUAGGUUAUAUUCUGUUCAAGUAUCAUUUAAGUUUAAAUUUUUACCAUCAUUGUUGGAAAAAAUGUUGCCCUCGAAAGGAUAUUUCAAUGAUAUUGAAUGUCCCUACUUGGAAAAUAACUGUGGCCGGCCUUAUUGCCAUUUCAAUCAUAGGAAAAAACAACAAGAUGAUGUGAAUGAAGUUGCUUUGGAAGAAUCUAGUUCUAAGGAAAUUCCUACAUAUAAACCAACUCCAAAGAGCGAGUUAGCUGUAAGAAAAAGUCAUAUACCAAUCAGCUAUGUACCAGAUGUUUAUAAAGUUGAAAAAUCUACAACACGUUCAUUCAGAAGCAAUACAUUAUCGGAUAUAGUUUAUAAACCAACACCUAUAAGUUUGUUGAAUUCAAGUGUAAAAAGUAGUGCGAAAAGUGAUAAUAACAGCAUUUCAAAUUCUGAGAAUAAUAUAGAAUCUAAAUACAUACCAGAAAAUGCAGUAAAAGGAAAAUCCAAAAAUGAAAUAACUCUAAAUGACAAUAUAGAAGAAUAUGAAUACAAACCUACGGAGCAACGGAUUAAAUAUGAGUAUAAUCCAACAUCCCACAAAGAUGUCAAUGAAGAAAGUUUAUUAGAUAUUGUUUAUAGGCCAAAUUCAAGUGGUCUUAAUGAAGUAUCAAAUGUAAAAUAUACUCCUUCUGCCCGUUCUAAGCAGAAUAGCAAUAUAAAUUUUGAGAACUUAGACAAUGAGUUUGAGAUGAUUGAUGAAAUCAUAAAUAUGUCUGAUAUUCCUAUAAAAUCUGAAGCUGAUGCUGAACCAAUAACUAGAGUUUGUGAAAAUGAAAGGACUUCAUCAGAGAGUAACUCUGAAACUGGAAGUUCAUCGCAUAUUAAUCAAAUACCUUCCAAAACUACAGAUAAACUAGAUUCUGGCUAUAAAAGUGAUACAUAUGGAAAGUCGAGAAUUUCUGGUGAACAAAAGGACAAAGAAUUGAAGUCAAAAGAAAACAGACAAGAUGGAAAAGAAAAAAAAAAUGAUAAGAGGAAGGAAAAAGUUGAAAAGGAAAAAAUUGAAGAGAUUAACAAUAAAACGAAAGUUGAAAGAAAGGAUCGGAAAAGUGAUGAAAAAGAUAAAGGAGAAAGAAGAGAAUCAAAAUCAAAAGAUCCUAAAAGAAAUGAUAAAAGAAAAAGUGAAAGUAGUAGAAGUCAGGAUAAAGAUAAAAAAAUCAUUGAUAAAAAAUCCAAAGAUACAAAAGAGCAAAACAGUUGUACAAAAAGAGAAAUGGAUAAAAGUAGUAAUAAAAGCAAAAAGAAGGAAAAAGAAGAUGAGAAAAAAGAGGGUCGAGCUCACAGUAGAAGUAAAGAGAGGGAUAAAAAUAAACAUUCUAAGUAUAAAGCAGAAAAUAAUGAAUGUGAUAGAAAACAUGAAAAAAGACAUACUAAACAUGAGAAAACAAGAAAAAGAGAAUCUUCCAGUUCUGAAUCUGAAAAAAGGAAGACUCUUGAAAUGUUUGAGGAUAUUGAAAGUAAAGAAUUUUCGUCUUUGGACUUUGAUUAUGAUAUGGAUAUCGAUGAAAAACAAACAAUGGAAGAAUGUUUCAAAAUAUUUAAUGAAUAUAAACCUACAGUUGCACAACCUGUUGAAGAAAUAACUGUUCCUAUCAAAAAUGAAUCCGACUUGGCUGAGGAUACAGCUCUCACAAAGAAAAGAAUCGCUCAUUCUAAUGCAUCAAAUAUGUUAACAAAACUUCAACAUCAAAAACCUAUAAGCAAACCCACUCCAGGUCAAAUCAUGAAUAACCGUUUGAAAAUCGCCAAAGCAGCUCAAGCAUAUAAUGAAGAAAAAUUGAUAACAAAUGAAGUCAAAAAUGUUAUGAAGCGUCCACAACCAUCACAGUUAUUUAAGCCUGCUAAAAAACCUAAGUUUAAUGAAGAGAAGCCCUUCUUACCUCCAUCAAACACAUCUUUGAUCGAUGAAAUUAUUAACAGAACUAAUUCUAAACCAGCUGUCAAAAAAAUUGCUCCAGUAUCUAAUGUACUGAAUAUACAAAAAGCUAAAGCAAAUUUGAAGAUAUUGAAUACUAAGCAAACUACUGAACAGUCUACUAAAACAAUAGCACAGACCAAUAAAACUGGUAAAAGACAAGCACAUAUUCCUGAUUACUCAUUAAUUGAUAUUCCUGAUGUAAUUGAUGUUGAUAAAUCUAAAUUACCUGUUAAUGUUCGUUCAAGAUUUCUUACACUUUUAGCUGAUGAAUGUUGUAAGUUGUAUUUGACUCAAAAGGAUGCUUACAAAAGAGCUUUAGAUGAAGAAUAUAGUUGCUAUCAAAAAUGUAAAGUUCUAGUUACAUAUAGAAACUCUGCUAUGUUGGCUGUGAAUCGUUUACGGAAAGAAGUGAAAGAACGAGAAGAGAAAAAUUUAGGCCCAAUAGGUUCAGAUGAAUCAUGUCAGGCCAAUAAAGGUGAUGCUGAAAAGAAGGCUUUGUUUGCUAAAAUUCAGCAAUACGUUUUAACAAAUGAAGAACUGGAUAUUCAUGGAUACCCAAGGGAAAGCAGAAUUCCUGGAAAAGCUAUAAUCAAAAAUCGCAAAACUUUAAGCAUUGUACCCUUGCCGAAAAACCAGAAAAAAUGCUGUAGGUGUUCUAAAAUAUAUCUGAUUGAUGAUGAAGGUAAAGCUGUAUAUGAAGAAGAGUGCCUUUAUCAUCCUCUGAAGAAAAGAACUAUUAGAGGAGAGCAUAUUUACCUGUGUUGUAAAAGUACAGAUGAUUCAGGUUGCGUUACAUGUCAUACUCAUGUAAGUGAAGCACCUGAAGAUGCAGAGCUCGAUGGAUUUCAAACUACAUUACCCCCAAAUGGUGAUAAUGAUCCCAGGAGUAAUGCAAUUUAUGCUUUAGAUUGUGAAAUGUGUUAUACUACUAAGGGACUUGAACUUACUAGAGUUACAGUUAUCGAUACAAACUGCAAGACUGUGUAUGAAUCGUUAGUGAAACCAUUAAAUGAAAUUAUUGACUAUAACACUAGGUUUUCUGGUAUAACCAAACAACAAAUGGAUAGAACCAGUACUGGAAUCUUACAGGUUCAAGCAAAUAUUUUACAUUUGUGUAAUUCUAAAACGAUAUUGAUCGGACAUAGUUUGGAGUCAGAUAUGAAAGCUUUAAAAAUAAUUCAUGGUACAAUAGUGGAUACAGCUGUUUUGUUUCCCCAUAAAAUGGGUUUGCCCCAUAAGAGAGCACUGAGAACCUUAGCAAGUGAUUACUUAAAGAAAAUUAUUCAAAAUGAUGUAGGUGGUCAUGACAGUGCAGAGGACGCAAUAACUUGUAUGGAAUUAAUAAAAUGGAAAGUCAAAGAGGACUCAAAAUUCAAAAAUUAAAUGAUUUUGUAUCAAAUUUAUUUAUAAUAUUUAUUGUUAUUGUACAUUAAAUGUAUUUAAGAGUUUCAGUUAUCGUUUAUAUUUUCUGAAAGAUUGAUAUACAUAUUAUCACUCUUUUAUAAUUAUGUUACAGAAUAAAAUCCAAGUUUUCCACUUUCUGAA